GAUCGACAGCCGAUACCGUUUUAUGUUUUUGCCUGGUAUUACACAAAAUUUCCAGGCAUCAAGAACUUGUUUAGUUUCCUGUGGGAGAAAAGAGCGGCCGUCUUUAACACGGAGCGCAAUUUAAAGCAAAUGAGAAGUCCGAUCAUGUUCCUUCAUUCGGAGGACGAUCACUUAGUUCCCAUCGACAUAGCUCGACAGACAUACGCGGUUGCUGCAAAGGCCCAAGGUGAAGACAGAGUCAAGCUGGUGACAUUUGACAGGUCUCUGGGAUAUCUGCACAACGGCUUAUAUCGGGACCCCAAGCUGCCGGGCGUCUUAAAAGUCAGGUGUCCCACAGACGAACACAUAAACUGGGACAAGGCGUGAUCUAAUCACACUGCUGCAGUAAACGUUACCGUGGGGACGCUGGUACAUGAUGCUGCA